AUGCCGGAGAUACGUUCAAAUCUGCCCACUACUGCCACCUCGCUCAAUGAUGGCUUCACGUUGCCCAUCACAAAACGCAACUACAACCGUCAGUAUGCGCCAAUCUACUACAUGCGAUUGCACCAGCUCAUGAGCCAGGUGCUGGAUGCUGCUACUUCCAAAUGGGCUGAUAAGAACGUCAAGUACCUCAACAAGUGUUUGGACGUUCUUGUUGGGGAUACGGUGUUUGUGGUCGGCACACUGUUCAAGGACAUGAAAUACAAACCCAGCAUGUUGGAGGAGGUGACCCGCAGCCAUUGGGGAGCUCCUCCGGGCAAGAAGCCCAAGUACGUGGACCCUCAGGGCGAUUGUGAGGACGGUGGACACAAGGACGAUUCGUCGAUUCAGCUGGAGGACAGCUCCGGUCGAAUCACGCUCGUGGGACCAAAGGUGCAGGAGUUCAUGCUCAUCACAGGCGUUGUUUGUGGAGUACUAGGCACGGCAGGCGAAAACGGACGCUUCACGGUCGUGGAUGUGGUCUGGGGCGGCUUUCCCGAACAGAUUUAUCGACCUCUGAGUGGAGUCAAUGACGGAGAAGACGUUGAGAUGGCUGACAAUGAUACUCCUGAAGACACAUACAUUUGUCUUGCUUCUGGUCUGUACAUUGGCCAGAAGAAGACGGAUUACAAACACGUGCUUCUGGCAGAAUAUCUCCAGGGGCUGCUUGAGGAAGAUGGUGCAAAAGAUGGACUGGUAAAGCCCAAAAACAUUUCGCGGUUCAUUAUGGCCGGAAACAACUGCUCGUUGGAGUCAGAAAGACCCGUUAUCGACACACUAUCUCGAACCGUGGACCUCGACGCCUUCAAGCCCAUGGCUCGCGUUGACGAGUACAUUGCACAAUUGCUGCCAUCCAUCUCUGUUGAUAUCAUGGCAGGAAACGACGAUCCCGGCAACAUGUCGCUUCCUCAGCAGCCGCUGCAUCUGUCCAUGUUCCCUCAGAGCCGCAAGUUCAAAAAGGCCACCUUUGGGUCUGUUUCCAACCCCUACUGGUGGGACUUUUCAACCGACGAGGCGCCUCUCAAGGUGCUGGGAACCUCGGGACAAAACGUGUCGGACAUCUACAAAUAUCUGAUCGAAGGACGAGACGAUAUUCUGGAUAUCAUGGAGCAUACGCUUGCCUGGCGGCACUUGUGUCCCACUGCCCCAGAUACCCUGACUUGCUAUCCUUAUGGAGAUGACGAUCCCUUCAUCAUCAAGGAAACUCCCCACCUGUACUUCUGCGGCAACCAGGACGAGUUCCAGACCAGUGUUGUCAAGCAUGACGGAGUGUCAGUGCGUCUGGUGGCAGUUCCGCGGUUUGAUGAGACGGGAGAGGUGGUACUGGUGAACAUGCGAACAUUGAAGGCAGAGGUGCUGAGGAUUGUCGCCUAG